AUGUUCUUUUGCGGGUAUUUCGGGUACAACCAUGCCAGGCCGAAUGCGCCAUAUCCCGUCCGAUUUGUGAAGUCAAGCGGCCACAGGGCCAUUCAGUACGGUGGUGAGUGCUGGCGCUGGAACCCGGGGCGCCGUACCCUCCUCAACUUUUUUUUUGCCACCAUCUUGGGGCAGGUGCCGUGGACCCCUGAAGUGAAUCACGGCGCGACUUUGGCAAUGGCGCCGAACUUGCGCGCAUCCAUCCCUCAGGGAAGCCAAACAUACCUCACACAUUGUUGGAUACGGGGUGGGGUGCCAACAAACCAAAAAUACCCAUGA